AGGGUGGGGACAGCGCGGCUUCCGCCGGGAGCCUAGAACCGAGCCCGGCAGCCGGGGGCUGGGCGCCAGUACCCACUCCGCCAGCCCCAACGCGCAGACGGUUCCCUGUCUCCCGCGCCCCAAUUUCGAUUUUCAGACCCAACUCCUACAGGAUUCUGAGACCCCGCCCCAUCUCCCCACAUUCCAUUUCCAGCUGCAAAUUACUGCAGAGUCUGAACCCAAGAAAGAAGCCCGUUUGUCGUCCCCGCGUCUUCCCUCGCCAGACAGGUGGAGGGUGGGUGAGGGUCUCGCUCGGCUUUCCCCCUGCACCUUUCCCACCCUCCCGCCCGUCCCUGGGGGUCCUCCGUCACGCCGGCCAUGGCCCAGAAGCCGAAGGUGGACCCCCACGUCGGGCGUUUGGGAUACCUGCAGGCGCUGGUCACGGAAUUCCAGGAGACCCAGAGCCAAGACGCCAAGGAGCAAGUCCUCGCCAACCUCGCCAACUUCGCUUAUGACCCCAGCAACUACGAGUAUCUGCGGCAGCUGCAGGUCCUGGAUUUAUUUCUCGAUUCGCUGUCGGAGGAGAACGAGACCCUGGUGGAGUUUGCUAUUGGAGGCCUGUGCAACCUGUGCCCAGACCGGGCCAACAAGGAGCACAUCCUGCAGGCAGGAGGCGUCCCACUCAUCAUCAACUGCCUGUCCAGCCCCAACGAGGAGACGGUGCUGUCUGCCAUUACCACGCUCAUGCACCUGAGCCCGCCGGGCCACAGCUUUCCCCCGGAGCUGACCGCCGCGCCCGUGGUGCAGUGCAUGCUUCGCUUCUCCCUCUCGGCCAGUGCCAGGCUCCGGAACCUGGCGCAGAUCUUCCUGGAGGACUUCUGCUCCCCACGCCAGGUGGCCGAGGCCCGCAGCCGGCAGGCGCACUCUGCCCUGGGUAUCCCACUGCCGAGGAGCAUGGCCCCAUGGCAGCGCUGAUCCACGGGGACCGCAAGACUGUAGCACCCCUACUGCUGGAGACCACGGUCCUGAUGUGGACGCAGGGAACAGGGGGAGCAUAUGCUGCCCCACUGGUGCCUUUUCAGCCAUUUGAAAGGCGGGUUCUUUCAGCAGGACAGGCAUUUACACUGUGAUGAAACGCCGUCAGGAGUGAGGAAGCCAGACUCCGAGGCACGCGGAGAUCAAACUGGAGCUGCUUUCAUAGGCCGGCACUCUCUACCCUACGUCUGGUGCCACCACUGCCAGGCUCAGGCCCUGGUGUAAGAAGUGGCCAAGUGCCUGGACCCAGAGGCUUCGCAGUACAGUGUUCUCAAGAGCUGGGACUGAGGCUUAGGAGAGCUGCCUUUGCUGCGGGAAAUCAGGGAUUAUCCCUUAACAGAAGUGUCUGGAGUAGUUUUCAGGGAUAGGAAUGAGAUGCCUCAUGGUAAAAGAUGUGGUGCCCCCUCUGGGGCUGUGGAGGAUGGAUACCUCCCCCAGGGGCUCCCCAAGCUGGGCAUUUGGGCCUGGUGGAUGCCAACCUGGAUAACUUGUGGCCCAGCAUUGACUGUCCACCCAGCCCUGCUAUCUGCUAGGCACCAUGAUUCCAAGAUGAAGAUAUGGUCCCUGCCCUUGAGUGACAGCCCAGUGACUUAAUGUGGCCAUUGGGCAUCAAGCACAAGGCCAUGCAGGUGAUGAGAUGUCGGAGUAGAGGCGCCAGCCCUGGGAACUGCAUCUUCUCCCCUUGCCACCCCACGGCCCCAGCUGAAGGCUUUGGCCCUCCUCCUCCUCCCCCCUCACCACUCCACGGCCCCAGCUGAAAGCUUUGGCCCUCCUCCUCCCCCCUCACCACUCCACCGCCCCAGCUGAAAGCUUUGGCCCUCCUCCUCCCCCCUCACCACUCCACCGCCCCAGCUGAAAGCUUUGGCCCUCCUUUGCUGUCACACUCAGUGAUGGGGAGCCCUACCCCAGAAGUGUAUCUCAUGAGGGACGCAGUGAAAAUGGUGCUCAAGAGAGACAGGAAGAGAGAGUAACAUAAAGGAUGUGGCUCCACGUCCACGGCGCCACCUGGUCAACAGAAGGUGCGUGGGAGCUGAUGGGAAGUUGCUCAGGGAAAAUGGGGGGUCCUUGCCUCUUGUGUACCUCCUCAAGGCUGACCCCUUACAUGGCCCAGGAAUGGCAGGUGCUACAAGAAUGAUAUCCACAUGGGCAUGGAAAUGGGGCAGAUUCAGGGACCACUGGGCUCAGAGGGGAGGGAAGGGCUCAUCAGCACCCACCCAGGGAGCCUGUCCCUUUAUGUUCCCAAAUAAAGGGUCCUAGAAGAC